UAGUUACAGAUGUUUUCUAUGAAACAAUUAGCAACAAACAAAGGCAUUUAGGGCGAGACCGUCAGAAGAGUGCUGGUUUUAUAAGCAGGACAGGUUAGUGGAAGUUAAAACUGCGGGGGACAGGAAAAUAAUGACGGCUCAGAUAACCAUGUUGCUUCUUGCCUGUUUUGGAUUAUGCGAAGUGGUGGCGCUGACGUGCUAUCAAUGUACCACUGCUUUUAGCAACACGGACUGCAAUAGUAAAAUUCAGACCUGCUACUCGGAAUCCAAGUGCAAGACCACCGUCACCACCGUGAUGGGUAUAACUGCGUACAAUAAAGGCUGUGCUGAGGAGCGCGAGUGUUCGGAGAGCGGGCACAUGGUUCACAUUGGAGUCGUCGGCAGCAGAGUGCAGUGCUGCUCUGCCAGUCUGUGCAACGUCAGCGGCGCCGCACGUGCGCGGCUCAGUCCGCAGCUGCUUGGGGUUUCCGCAGCGCUACUGUACCUGGUUGGCAUGGCUGGAGUAUAACGGCCCCUUGCACUACUCCUGGGCGGUACUCUCGUCUUGUAACGGUUGUUUACUUCAGUGCAUGAAAUCUUGAGUUCCCCGUUAUCGGUUCCUUCUGAAAAGUAUGUAUUUAAUUGUUUUUUUUUUUUUUAAUAAGUGUAACAUGAAAAUAAAGUUGUUUGUCCAAACUGAUAAUCUCUUGGUGCGUAAUAUAAUUGUUGUACCUGAAGAACUGUCGGUGUUUUACCGGGGAUUGAACCCACGACCCUCCUCCACUGCUGCCCCGAAUUCUGACUGCUUUGACAGAGUUUUAAGUCUCCAAAGAGCAAAAUAUCUUUGUUCGAGUUUGGCACCAAAACGGUAACACCUACGCAUAGUUGAACAUAUUUAUUUGUAUUUAUU